AUGGCUCCGCCGCGCCCAACUAUCACUCCCCAUGUGGGAGUUCCAAAGGCAUCAUUUCGUAAAAUCCAGUCUACAGGGAAGGAAUUUGAUGGUGUCGACGACAAAUUAGCGCAGCAGUAUGGAUACAAUGAAGUGAAUGUAACUUUUGAGCGUCCAGAGCACUACAUAAGAUAUGUGGACCCCAUCGAGUCCGAGCUGUUAACACAAGUAGAGUAUGACAUGGAUGAGCAAGACGAAGAAUGGCUUAAGGAGAUAAACAGCGAACGUUACAAAGAACAAAGUGAACGUAUCUCCCCUGAAACCUUUGAGAUCAUCAUAGACCGUCUUGAAAAGGAGUGGUUUGAACUCAUGAAACGAGUCCCCAAACCCGACCAAGCACUUCCAUCUGAGGACUCAACCUGUGCUGUUUGCGACGAUGGUGAAGGCGAGAAUGCAAAUGCCAUCGUGUUUUGUGAUGGAUGCAAUCUCGCUGCUGAAAUGCGCGCAAAUCGGGUUGCCCCUCCCUCUCCAUCCUUGCCCCCAGUGAUUCCAGUAAGCCCCGCAAGAUCUCCUAAGAAGACAUCCCGUCCCCAGGUUCAGGCAACUGGACCCCCUCUGGUUCCAUCAAUGAUCGUAGACAGGAUAUUUGACCACAUACAUCGCAUAAACUUUAGGAAGAAGCGGCCCUUCUUAUUAGCAGUUUGCAAGUAUUGGAGCCUAAAAAGAGAAGCUCGGAGGGGCGCUCCACUGCUAAAACGAUUACAUCUAGAGCCAUGGGCGACUUCAACAGCUACUCAAUUGCAGACCGAUGACGACAAACUUAAAUAUCUGGAUAAUCUGACUAAACUCAAAGAUGACCUGGAACGCGUUCUAGAGUUGGCAGACUUGGUCCGGCGACGUGAAGUAGAGAAACAAAGUCAAGCGCAAAUGGUCGAGACUCUUGUCACCUCUUGUUUGCUACCUUUCGACACUGAGCUCAGAAAGGCAUACGAGAAAAUUGUUGGUCUCGACCGUGGAAAUUAUUUCAUGAAUCCAGUGUCUCGCAUCGAAGUCCCGGAGUACUACACUGUCAUUGAUCAGCCCAUGCAUUGGCUGGGAAUUGGUGAAAAGAUAGAACAGCAUGAGUACUUGGACUCACAGGCGUUUGCGGACGAUGUGUACUUGGUUCUCGACAAUGCCAUCAAGUACAACAAAAAGGACACAUCUUUCCACAGAGCAGCACUUCGAAUCAAGAAUCACGCGCAGCCCAUUCUGGAGCAAUUUCAGCAAACCGUGCGGCAGAAAACAGCUCAAUGGCUGAAUCAAGAGCACAUCCGAGACGAAUCUGAUGAGCCAAAGCCGCUGGCAGAUUCUACCCGUUUGGAUGAUCGCACGCACCCAGAAGACCAAGGGACCAAUCCUGCCGUCGGCGAUUCGAUAGGGUCUGUUCUAGCUGAGAUACCCGACCAUUAUCCUAUGAUUGCAGAAACUGAAGCGUUGGCGGGACCACUUGAAAAUGAGGCCCCCGAUCUUGAAGAAACCAUUCCUGGAACUCCAGAUGCGGAAUCAACCGAGGACGCCUUUAUUCUUGUGGAUGAAAAAAUUGAUAUCGUAGAAGCCCCAGAGCCUGCAGAAAAAUCUACACCAUCAACCUCACAGGUCGGGGACAUGGAGCCAUACGUCUCAAUGCUUCGCAUGCUCCAAGACCCUGGCAGUGUUGCAGAUGAUUUGCCUUUUCUUGUUAAUGCCGAUCCACUCGCUUCUUUCUUCAGCUACGAGAAGCCCAUUCCCAAACCCCCGCCUCCGCCACAGAUCAAGCAGUCACGCAAAUCCUCAAGGAAGAAACGCACGAGUGAUAUUAUUGUGCCACGAAGUGCUCCCGCUACACAUCCCCAAAGAGUUGUGCUCUUAGUUCGCGAUCCUCAAACAAGCGAACCUAUAUCCUUAUCAGAAAUAUCAGAAAGCGCUUUCGACCCCGGGCUGGCGUCCACUCCGACGUCUAGCCGGGCUCCAAAACGGAAGCGACAGGAUUCCGAUAGCUGGGCACAGGUGGUCUCGGAUGUGAACCCUCAUGAAUCCUUCAUGUUAUUUGAAACAGGAUGGGUGCUUCCCCCCGGCACGACUAGGAAUAGGCGGCCAACAUUCCCCGGUGCUCCCAAGCCAGGUGGAACGGAGAGUAGAAAACAAUCGAAAGAACCCAAGCGGACACGAACAUCAAGCUCUGUUCGGGGUGAUACCCAGCCACCGACUAUCCCUUCUUCUCGACAGCCUUCCCAGGCUCCCCUUGUUGAGGUACAAACCCCAGUAGAGGACACCACAAAUUUAUCAGAAGCUCAGCAAAUAGAUUCUAUGCCCGAAGAAACAGCGGCUCCUGUGUCUGUGGUCAUAACGCAGCCGGCACAGCCUCAUAUCACGGAUUCUAUCGAGCCUACUCCAGCGGCUGAUGCAUCUGCUCGACUCCCUGUUCCUGCUCAACCUCAAAAGACUGACGGGUCUAGUGAUCUGAGCGAACUUUCAGAUGGUGAUGAGAAGAGAGCAAGGUUAGCGGCAACAAGGGUAGCCGAUACCUCUCUUCCGCCUGAGCCCGCUCGAACCGAAGCUCCUGAAGACGACCCACUUAGACCUGAUCGGUAUAAUUCGGGAACACUUGUCUGGGCCAAGCAAUUUGGGUUUCCGUUUUACCCUGCGUACUUGUACGAACCCACAGACCCCAUGGUUCCUGUGAAUAUAUUGAAGAUGGAGGAGGAUGCGCGCCGCAAGUACAAAACUAUAGGAGCUAUGUAUCCCGUACAAUUCUAUGACAAGCAGCGAAGCUGGACCUGGGUACCCUUAGACAAACUAAUGUUACUAGGUCAAAGCGAAGAACUCGACCAGAAGCAGCUUCAUCCAACCGGUAAAGGGGCUCUUAAAUCAGCUGAUAGGAAGGCACUUAAGGAGGCAUACCGCUUGGCGUUACAAGACAUAAUACCUGUUGAAGAUGCUGAAGUGAACGAGGCUGCUGCCAACCUUCUACGGUCAGAUAUCUACCACCUCCUUUCCCCGCUUGUGAGCUCCGUCAUGCAGGGAAAUGCAUCUAUCAUAGAACUGGUGCACCGACUUAAUUCACCCACACACGGCGCACCUUCCUCUCAACUGCAGCUUGCAGCGAUGCAAGACGUUCAUGAUGAAUCAAUUGACCGGACCCAAGUCAAGUUCGAUACAAUCAGUUCUCAAGAGGUGGCCGUCCUUUCCGAUUCGCUGGAGCAGCUCAUGUUGGAUGCAGAAUCCAUAAAAACCAUACAACAGCGGAUCGAGAAUCGCAUGAAGCGCGCACAGAAAUUCUUCCAUCAUGCUACAGCUGCAUUGGCACCAAUUAAUCGGUUCCCCACGGAAGUUCUGGCUCGAAUAUUCGUAUUAGGCAAACGUCUGGAGUUGAAUUUCUCUCCCCGCAUGUCCUGGGUUGCUCAGCGGUGGCGCAAUGUGGCGCUCUCCACACCAGAAUUAUGGAAUAUCAUCCCCCUAACUGGAGUCGCACGGGUAAAGACCUAUGUCAGUCGAAGCGGUUCGAUGACACUCGACAUAGAAGCAGACUUACGGACAUACCGCGUAAACACUUUCGAGAUUGGGCAAUGCCUACAAAUACUUGAACCCCACCGUCUGCGCUGGCGGAAUGUCAAAAUCUUGCUAGAGGACCACGACCAAGCCCAGUCGAUUCUACGGCAACUGGAGGGUAUAUGCUCUGACGGCAACCGACAGACAUCUACCUGCUAUCUUGAAAGCAUAUAUUUUGGAGUCGCACACGGAGAUAAUUAUGUUUCGAGCCACCAUAGAUCAGACCUGAAACUUCUUGCAGUUCCUAGUCUGAAGGUUGUUGAACUGCUGGCAGUCGAUCUCUUUGUCGCGGACGGUCAAGGCAGUAGCGUCUUUACGGGACUAACGCGGCUAUCCUUGGGCAGCACCCAAUACAUGCAAUUGGACCCAGACUUUUUAAACCAGUUAUAUGCUAUGCCUAAUCUGACCGAGCUAGUCUUGGAUCAGUGCAACUUCGUCAUACCUAAUUUUAACAGCGAAACAGCUUCAAUAUCCCUAGAAAAACUCAGGCUGAUGCAACUAUCGCUGAUCCCAGACGAAGUCGUAAACCUGAUAUUAACCAGGGUAUUUGCCCCAAACCUACAUCACUUUGAAUUAAUCGCGCACGAGAUGGACGGGCCAUCAAGAAUCCUUGACUCGGAAAUGAUUAGAACCAAAUAUACUGGAUUAACAGUGCUCAAGCUGACUGGCGUUACGUCGUAUAUGACUCGCCCCUUGUUAAGUUGGCUGCCCGAUCUAUCCGAACUCACAACUUUCGCGGUGCGCUUUCAAGAACGCUUAUCACCGAAGAAUGCUCAACAAAGUUGCGAAAAAGUUCUGAAAGCCUUGGUUGGCACUCGUAAUCAGAACUGUCCGAAGCUGCGCAUAAUAGAAAUAGGUGUGCUAGGUUUAGGCGGUGUGGUUGCACUAAAAGGGGUAUUGGAGUCGAGGCCCCUGUUGAGGGCUGGAAGGGUAACUGCUGUUCUAGCGCCCGAUGUAAAAGAUUACGAGGCGCAAAACAAGGACCUUGCCUGGAUGCAAUCACAUCUGAAGAGGCUCAUGCUCCGAGGCGAGGAUGAUGAUGACGAUGGCGAUGAUGAUAGUGAUGGCGACGAAAUCACUGAGGGUGGAUAUGAAUGA